AUGGCUUUGUUUAGAGGUCUCUUGGGUGCAAAGAGGAUUAUUAACUUUUCUGUACCGGUUACAAGCAAAAGGACAUUUUCGGCACCAAAGGGGUUUCUUGCGGUGUACGUUGGUGAAGACCAGGUCCAGAAGAAGAGAUAUUUGGUGCCAAUCUCAUACUUGAACCAGCCUUCUUUUCAAGCGCUUCUCAGCAAAUCCGAGGAAGAGUUUGGAUUUGAUCAUCCAAUGGGUGGCUUGACGAUUCCUUGUCCUGAAGAUACCUUCAUCAAUGUGACGUCUCAGUUUCAAUGAAGAUGUUCAAGAAGAAGAAGAAAACUGACAUUAGUUAGCCCAAGUUAGAUAUAUAGAAUUAUUCAAUGUAAAUAUGUUAGCUGUUUUCCUCAUUCUUUGUUAAGAAAGAGUUACAAGAGGUUACAAAGCUCAAAUGUCUAUGCCAUAUUUCUAAGAACACAAACAAAUAUAAGAUUCUUGUCUUAUGACAAAUUAGCUUUUUUUAUCUU